AUGAAGAACCUCGGAGCCAUCCUCGUGCUGCUGGCAGUCUCAGCCUCCCACGUCGCUGCCCUUCCUCACGCGGUCGGCGGCCUGGCCCCUGUCCAGCCUCGGGCCGGCUUCCGAUUCGCCACCCGCGGACGCAAGGACGGGAACACGGGUAACGCCGGUGCCGGAAACUCUACAGCCGUCGCUGGUAACGCGACCGCCGCUGAUAACGCAGCCGCCGCUGCUACUGCCGCCGCCACCGAUACUGCCGCCGCCGCCAGCUCGGCAGCUGUCAAUAAUGCGUGCGCUGCAGCUGGCGCUGCAAAUAACGCUGGUGUCGUGAACGGGACUGCCGCCGCUGCAGGCAACGCCAAUGCCGCUGCAGGCAACACCAACGCCGCUGGAGGCAACGCGAACCAAGGCAACGCGAAGGGCAACGCCAACGCGGGCAACGCCAACGCGGGCAACGGGAAGGGCAACGCAAAUGCCAACGCCAACAACGCCAACCAGGGCAACGGGAAGGCCAACGCCAACGCAAAUGCCACCGCCAACCAGGGAAAUGCGAACGGCAACGGGAAAGGCAAGGCCAACAAUAACGCCAAUGCCGGAGACGCAGCCACAGCCGCAGCCGCAGCCGACGCGGCUGCUCAGACUGAAGCCGCCAAUGGACAGGCAGCGGGUGCCGGAGCCGCCAAAGGACAGGCAGCGGGUGCCGGAGCCGCCAAAGGAAAGGCUGCGGAUGCCGGAGCCGCCAACGCACAGGCCACGGAUGCCGGAAUCGCUAACGGACAGGCAGCAGGUGGUGGAGGCCUCGAUUCCAUCAUCUCCACACUCGAGAACAACCUUGGCAUCGACCUCAGCGGUCUCGGCGGUGCCGGUGGAGCCGCUGCUACCGGCGGUGCAGGUGGUGCCGGCGGUGCAGGCGGUGCUGGCGGAGGUGCUCUCGAUAGUCUCCUGAAUCUUCUGAAUGGCAGGGAUGACGCUGCGGUAGCUGCUUAG